ACCGGGCAAUGUGAGGCGAGCAUGCGCUAAAGCAAGCACAGACUUACGUAGGCCCAACACAUAAUAAUACCAUCACUGAUGUUUACGUACGGAAUUUAAAUAAAUCAAAUACUUAUUCGCGGAGAAAACAUUCUUCAACAGAACGAACGGAUGGAGUUCCCUGUGGACGGCCUGGUCAGCGUGAGCCAAGAGAUCCUGGAGAGAUCAGCCCAGGACUACAUGAACAGCCUUCUCCACAGCCCCCUUCACUCACCACAACACCUCACCCUCGCAAACAACACACAGGUGCCCAUUGGUCUUUCCAAUGUGGGUUUCGUUCCUCUAUAUGGAGACAACAUGAGACAGAAAGUCCUCGCCCUAUUCUCCCAACAGGACCAGUUUACAGCGGUGGGGCUGUACCUGUUGGAUCAAUGGUGGUCACUGGAGAAUAUCUUAAAAACAGCAGACUCUGCCAAAGAUGGAGCUGUGGCGGUGGAGACCAUAGGGGAGCGGAUAGUUCUGUACGUUUUGAACCGUGUGGUGUACAGAGCCAAGGAGAUUAGUUCAGGCGAACUACCUUUCCUCUGCCACGGAGAGAACGACUACGCCAAGAUCCUUUGGAAAGACGGACAGGCUGUCGGUUUCUACUCAGUCAAACCUUCAGGCAGCUUGUGCAGUUCCUUCUUAACCCAAUGCUAUCACAUUCCUGUCAUGGAUUCCAUAUUCGUCAGGAAGUGUCACCGUGGCAACGGUCUGGGUCUUCAGAUGCUGGAGAACUUUGUUGACAGUUUCAAAGAGGAAUACCUUGGGUUGAGAUACCCCCUUUCAAAAGCUAUGUACAAAGUGUGUGGGAAGUAUCUGAGCCUGUACCCAGCCCACAGAGACCUACUGUGGGAAGUGGAGAGUGUUGGAGGACCCAGCCAGAGGACCAACAUAGCCAACAAGAUCCAGGCCAUGGCCAUGAGCACCUUAUCCAAGAACCUGUCUUUUACGGAGCACUCUGUAGUGAACCGUGACGUGGUUGAAAACGAGGUGGUUAUGGAGGAAGUGACUUCACACUUACAGGAACAGGAAGCCAUGGAGUACACCGUUGAAAUUGUGGAGGAAGUUACACUGGUCAGGGUGACAAAAGAGAAUGAAGAAAUGCCGGUUACAACCAGAGGAAGGAGCAGUGGCCUCAAACGCAAGAAGAUGUUAGAGGAAAGCAAAUCAGAGAAAGUCCUCAGGAUUGAGGAUAUUGAAGCAGAGGUGGAGACUCCCAAAGAGAAGCCAGUGGCAGAGCAUCAGCAAGAGAAUAAAGACGAAGUUGCUGCUGUUGCUGAAUCCGACAAAGAGGAGUUAGCUGAGGAUGUCAUUGACACAGCCACGGAGGACACAGCAGUAGAGCCUGAGCUUGGAGAGGAGAUUGGAGAGACUGUUGCAACACAGACACUUCAGAUUCAGAAAGCCACUGUGUUGCUGGUGGACCUGAAAGAAACCUUGCAACCACAAGUGGAGGUAGAAAAUGUGGCCUCAGAGGUGGAGGAGAUGGAGGCUCCAAAGGAGGUGGCAGAAACCGAUGAAGAAACAGCCGAAGAAGAAUCCUCUAAUGAGGAAAAGAAAAGAAGAGAGAGACCAAGAUCCACUCGUCUCAUAAAACCUUUUGAGGCUGAGGAGGAGACAGUGAAAGAAGAGCAGCCAGCAGUUGAGAAACCUGCUGAGGUAAAGGAGAAGAUCUCACCACCUGAAAAGGAAGUGGUAGCUCCAGUGGUAGAAACAAGAGUCCUGAAGAGAGGAAGAAAAAGUGUACCAGCCACCCAGACUCCAAAACGCAAGUCCACAAGAAGAGUCAAACAACCUGUGGAAGAGGAGACGGAGGAAGAGGUGGCUGAGGAAGAAGUAAAGGCAGCUGUAGUGGAAGCCAAAGUUCUGAGAAGAGGAAGGAGAUCUGCCCCUCCUGCCUCUGCCACACCUGGAUGCAAAUCCACUCCAACUGUUGUUGAAGCGGAAGAGGCAGAAAAAACAGAUGAAACGACAGAGGAGGAAGUAGACGACAAAGUCCUGGACAAAGCUGUUGAGGAAGAGAAGGCUGCAACAACAACAAGCCAAGAGGAAGAGGAAGUGGAAGCAGAAAGCAUUGAGGAGGUUGUGGAAGUUCCCCCAGUUGUGGAAACUGGAGCUAAGAGGGGCAGGACAAAAACAGUCGCAGCAGCCACACCCAAACGAAAGUCCUUACGAAGCAAGUCCUUUGUGGAUUAUAAGGAACAGGAUGCAGAGGAGGAAAGAGGAAAUGAAUCCACAGUGGAAGAAGGGGAGGAUAAUGUAGUGGCAGAAGAGGCGAGCAUAGUAGAGGAGGAAGAACAAGAGGAAUGGGCCACGGUGGCGGAGGUUGCUGUUGUUGAGGAGACGGAGAAGCAGCCUGAGGAACACAAAUCAGAGAAAGUUAUCAGGAUUGAGGAUAUUGAAACCGAGGUGGAGACUCCCAAAGAGAAGCCAGUGGCAGAGCAUCAGCAAGAGAAUAAAGAAGUUGUUGCUGAAUCUGACAAAAAGGACUUAGCUGAGGAUGUUGUUCACACAGCCACAGAGGACACAGCAGUAGAGCCUGAGCUUAGAGAGGAGAUUGCAGAGACCGUUACAACACAGACACUCAAGCUUCAGAAGGCCAUUGUGGUACUAGUGGACCUGAAGAAAACCUUGCAACCACAAGUGGAGGUAGAAAAUGUGGCAUCAGAGAUAGAGGUGGAAGAAGAGGCUCCAAAGGAGGUGUCAGGAACCGAUGAAGACGAAAAAGUAACAGCCAAAGAACCCUCUAAGGAGGAAAAGAAAAGAAGAGGACGACCAAGAUCCACUCAUCUCAGAACACCUGUUGAGGCUGAGGAGGAGACAGUGAACGAGGAGCAGCCAGCAGUUGAGAAAUCUGCUGAGGGAAAGGAGAAGAUCUCACCACCUGAAGAGGAAGAGGCAGUUCCAGUGGUAGAAACAAGAGUCCUGAGGAGAGGAAGAAAAAGUAUUCCAGCUACCCCGACUCCAAAACGCAAGUACACACGAAGAGGCAAACAACCCAAAGAAGAGAAGGAAGGGGAGGAAGAGCCAGCUGAGGAAGAUGAAGCUGCACCGGUAGUGGAAACCAUAGUUCUGAAGAGAGAUAGGGGCAGAUUUUCUGCUCUUGCUCCUGCCAAUCCCAGACGCAAAUCCACACAAGCCUGCAAAGAACCUGAGGAAGAGGAGGAGAAGGAAGGGGAGUUGGCUAAACCUGUUCAGGAAGCUUUGGAAGAAAAUGUAGAGAAAGAGAAAGCAGUGGAUGAAGCAGCAGCUGCAACAUUGGAGAGUGUGGGGAAGGAAAAGGGGGCAGAGGAAGCAAGAACUGAGGAAGAGGAAAAGGUGGAGGAAGAGAAGGAAGCGGAAACUGAAGCUGCAGCUGAAACUGUACCAGUGGAAGAGGAGAGUGUUGCAGAAGAAAAGGUGGUGGAGGGAGAAACAAUUCAGGAAGAGGAAAAGGUAGAGGAAGAAAAGGAGAUUGCAGAAACUAUUACAACACAGACACUCAAGCUUCAGAAAGCCACUGCAGUGCUGGUGGACUUGAAAAAAACUGUGGCCUCAGAGAUGGAGGAGGAGGCUCCAAACGAGGUGUCAGGAACCGAUGAAGACGAAGAAGAGAUCAAAGAAGAAACAGCCAAAGAACCCUCUAAGGAGGAAAAGAAAAGAAGAGGACGACCAAGAUCCACUCAUCUCAGAACACCUGUUGAGGCUGAGGAGGAGACAGUGAACGAGGAGCAGCCAGCAGUUGAGAAACCUGCUGAGGGAAAAGAGAAGAUCUCACCACCUGAAGAGGAAGAGGCAGGUCCAGUGGUAGAAACAAGAGUCCUGAGGAGAGGAAGAAAAAGUAUUCCAGCUACCCCGACUCCAAAACGCAAGUACACACGAAGAGGCAAACAACCCAAGGAAGGGGAGGAAGAGCCAGCUGAGGAAGAGGAAGAUGCACCGGUAGUGGAAACCAUAGAUCUGAAGAGAGAUAGGGGCAGAUUUGCUGCUCUUGCUCCUGCCAAUCCCAGACGCAAAUCCACACAAGCCUGCAAAGAACCUGAGGAAGAAGAGGAGAAGGAAGGGGAGUUGGCUAAACCUGUUCAGGAAGCUUUGGAAGAAAAUGUAGAGAAAGAGAAAGCAGUGGAUGAAGCAGCAGCUGCAACAUUGGAGAAUGUGGGGAAGGAAAAGGGGGCAGAGGAAGCAAGAACUGAGGAAGAGGAAAAGGUGGAGGAAGAGGAAACUGAAGCUGCAGCUGAAACUGUACCAGUGGCAGAGGAGAGUGUUGCAGAAGAAAAGGUGCUGGAGGGAGAAACAAUUCAGGAAGAGGAAAAGGUAGAGGAAGAAAAGGAGAUUGCAGAAACUAUUACAACACAGACACUCAAGCUUCAAAAAGCCACUGCAGUGCUGGUGGACUUGAAAAAACCUGUGGCCUCAGAGAUGGAGGAGGAGGCUCCAAACGAGGUGUCAGGAACCGAUGAAGACGAAGAAGAGAACAAAGAAGAAACAGCCAAAGAACCCUCUAAGGAGGAAAAGAAAAGAAGAGGACGACCAAGAUCCACUCAUCUCACAAAACCUGUUGAGGCUGAGGAGGAGACAGUGAACGAGGAGCGGCCAGCAGUUGAGAAAUCUGCUGAGGGAAAGGAGAAGAUCUCACCACCUGAAGAGGAAGAGGCAGGUGGGGAAGAAGAAGAACUGGCACCAGUAGUUCUGAGGAGCGAAAGGACAUCUGCCUCUCCUCCUGCCCCUGCUACACCUAGACGCAAAUCCACACCAACUGUUGUUGAAGCGGAAGAGGCAGAAAAACCAGAUGAAACAGAGGAGGAAGUAGAUGACAAAGCCCAGGAAAAAGCUGUUGAGGAAGAGAAAGCCACAACAACAAACCAGGAGGAAGAGGAAGUGGAAGCAGAAAGCAUUGAGGAGGUUGUGGAAGUUCCUCCAGUUGAGGAAACUAGAGCUAAGAGGAGCAGGACAAAAACAGUCGCAGCAGCCACACCCAAACGAAAGUCCUUACGAAGCAAGUCCUUUGUGGAUUAUAAGGAACAAGAUGCAGAGGAGGAGGAAACAAGAAAUGAACCCACAGUGGAAGAAGGGGGGGAUAAUGUAGAGGCAGAAGAGGCGAGUGUAGUAGAGGAGGAGGAAAAAGAAAAAGAGGAAGGCUUCCCGGUGACUGAGGUUGCUGUUGUCGAGGAGUCAGAGAAGCAGCCUGAGGAACACAAAUCAGAGAAAGUCAUCAGGAUCGAGGUGGAGACUCCCAAAGAGAAGCCAAUGGCAGAGCAUCAGCAAGAGAAUAAAGAAGGAGAUGCUGCUGUUGCUGAAUCAGACAAAGAGGAGUUAGCUGAGGAUGUUGUUCACACAGCCACGGCGGACACAGCAGUAGAAGCUGCGCUUGGAGUGGAGAUUGGAGAGACUGUUGCAACACAGACACUCAAGCUUCAGAAAGCCACUGUGUUGCUGGUGGACCUGAAGAAAACCUUGCAAACACAAGUGGAGGUAGAACAUGUGGCCUCAGAGAUGGAGGAGAAGGCUCCAAAGGAGGUGGCAAGAACCAAUGAAGACAAAGGAGAGAACAACAAAGAAACAGGCAGACCAAGAUCCACUCGUAUCACAAAACCUGUUGAGGCUGAGGAGUCAGUGGAAGAGGAGCAGCCAGCAGUUGAGGAACCUGCUGUGGAAGUGGAGAUCUCGCCACCUGAGAAUGAAGAGGAUGCUCCAGUUGUAGAAACACGAGUCUUGAGUAGAGGAAGAAAAAGUGUUCCAUUUACCCCGACUCCAAAACGCAAGUCCAAAAGAAGAGGCAAACAGCAUGAGGAAGCCAGAGAUCUGAGGAGAGGAAGGGAAGCUGCUUCUACUCCUGGCACACCUAGACGCAAAUCCACACAUGCCACUAAAGAACCUGAAGAGGAGGAGUUGGCUGAAUCUGUUCGGGAAGCUGUGGAUGAAAAAGAGGAAGUAAAUCCAGUGCAGGAGGAAAAGGCAGAGGAGAAAGCCACACUGAUGGAUAAAGAUGACAUGGUGGACGAAGCUGCAACAGUGGAGAGUGUGGAGGAAGAAAGGGUGGCAGCGGAAGCCAUAACUGAGGAAGAGGAAAAAGUAGAGGAAGACAAGGAAGCGGAGAGAGUGGAAGAAGAAAAUAUUGAGGGAGCUGUAGUGGAAACUAUUAGUGUGGAAGAAAAGAUGGAGGAGGAUGUAGCAACCACAGAGGACGAAAAGGAAGAGGAAAAAGUGGAAGAAGAGAAGAAAGAGGAAACAGUUAUUGAACUAGCUGUAGAAAAACUAUCUGAGGAAGUUGCUGAGGUAGAAGAGGCAGAUAAAGUGGAGGAGAAAGAGGGAGCAAAGCCAGUUGAGGAAGAGAAGACUUCACUCGAGGAGGAAGAGCAAGCUCCAGUAGAGGAGGAAGAGGAUGCUCCAGUUGUAGAAACAAGAGUUUUGAGGAGAGGAAGAAAAAGUAUUCCAGCUACUCUGACUGCAAAGCACAAGUCCACUAGAAGAGAGGAGGAGAAAGAGCCAGCUGUGGAAGAAAAGGAACCAGUAGUGGAAGCCAGAGUUAUGAGGAGAGGAAGCAGAGGCAGAUUUUCUGCUCCUGCCCCUGCCACAUACGGACGCAAAUCCAUAAGAGCCCGCAAACAACCCGAGGAGGAGAAGGAAGAGGAGGUGGAGGCAGAAUUUGUAAAUGAGCAAAAGGUGGAGGAGGUGGUUGCACCUGUUCAGGAAGCUGUGGAGGAAAAAUUGGAGGAAGAAAAAGCAGUGGACGAAGCAGAAGCUGAAACUGCACCAGCGGAAGAGGAGAGUGUUGCUGAACAAAAGGUGGAGGAGGAAGCAAACCCCACAGAGGAAGAAAAGGUAGAAAAAGCAACAACUGAGGAAGAGGAGAGAGUUGAGGAAGAUAAGAAAGAGGUGGAAGCAGAAGAGGAAGAAAUUGUUGAAAUGAAUGUAGAACAACGAGCAGAUGUAGGUGAAGAGGCAGUUAAAGCAGAGGUGGUAACAGCAGUUGAAAGUGUUGCAGAUGAAGUGGUAGAAAAGCCAGUUGAGGAACCUGCUGAGGAAGAAGAGAAGACCUCACCACCCGAGGAAGAAGAGAAGACCUCACCACCUGAGGAAGAAGAGAAGACCUCACCACCUGAGGAAGAAGAGAAGACCUCACCACCUGAGGAGGAAGAGGUGGCUCCAGUUGUAGAAACAAGAGUCCUGAGGAGAGGAAGAAAAAGCAUUCCAGUAAUGCCUCCAAAACGCAAGUACACACGAAGAGGCAAACAAGCUGAGGAGGAAGUAAAGCCAGCUGUGGAAGAAGAGGCUGCAGUUGUGGAAAGUGCUACAGAUGACGAAGUAGAAAAAACAGUUGAGGAAGAGGAGAAGACCUCAGCACCUGAGGAGGAAGAGGUAGAUGAGGAAGAACAAGCUCCAGUUGUAGAAGCAAGAGUUCUGAGGAGUGGAGGAAAAAGUGUUUCAGUUUCUCCUCCAAAAAACAAGUCGAGAAGAAAAGGUAAACAGCCUGAGGAAGUGGAGAAGCUGGAAGAGCCAGAAGAGGAAGAGGCAACUGAGGAGGAAGAAGAGGCACUCGUAGUGGAAGCCAGAGUUCUCAGGAAAGGAAGGAGAUCUGCCCCUACAACUGCCCUUGCUACACCUAUACGCAAAUCCACACGAGCCAGCAAGCAUCCUGAGGAAAAGGAGGAUGUGGAGGCAAUGGCUGAACCUGCACCAGAAGCAAUGGAGGAAAAGGUGGAGGAAGAGAAGGAAGCGGAGAUAGUGGAAGAGGAGAAGGUUGAGGAAGCUGCAGCUGAAACUGCACCAGUGGAAGAGGAGAGUGUUGCAGAAGAAAAGGUGGAAGAAGUAAAAUCAGUGGAGGGAGAAGGAACAACUCUGGAAGAGGAAAAGGUGGAGGAAGAGAAAGAAACUGAGAUAGUGGAAGAAGACGUUGCGGAAGCUGCAGCUGAAACUGCACCAGUGAAAGAAAAUGUGGAGGAGGAAACAGAAAAGGAAGCAAUUGUUGAAAUGACUGUAGAAAAACGAGCAGAUCUAUGUGAAGAGGCAGAAAACGUGGAGUUGGUAACAGCAGUGGAAAGUGUUGCAGAUGAAGUGAUGAAAAAGCCUGUUGAGGAACCUGCUGAGGAAGAAGAGAAGACCUCACUACCUGAGGAUGAAGAAGAGAUUCCAGUUGUAGAAACAAGAUUCCUGAGGAGAGGAAGAAAAAGCAUUCCAGUAACGCCUCCAAAACGCAAGUACACACGAAGAGGCAAACAACCUGAGGAAGAGAAAGAUGUGGAGGAAGAGCCAGCUGAGGAAGAAGAUGCACCAGUAGUGGAAACCAUAGUUCUGAAGACGGAUAACGGAGGCAGAUUUUCUGCUCUUGCCCCUGCUCCUGCCACACCCAGAUGCAAAUCCACAGACGCCCGCAAAAAAAAGGAGGAAAAGGAGGAGAAGGAAGAAGAGUUGGAGGUGGAAAAGGUAGAGGAGGAAAAGAUGGAGGCGGUGGCUGAACCUAUUCAGGAAGCUUUGGAAGUAGUGGAUGAAGCAGCAGCUGCAACAGCGAAGAGUGUGGGGGAAGAAAGGGUGGCAGAGGAACCAAUAACUGAGGAGGAGGGAAAGGUGGAGGAAGAGAAGGAAGCGGAAACUGAAGCUGCAGCUGAAACUGUACCAUUGGAAGAGGAGAGUGUUGCAAAAGAAAAAGUGGUGGAGGGAGAAACAAUUCAGGAAGAGGGAAAGGUAGAGGAAGAAAAGGGAAUUGCAGAAGCUAUUACAACACAGACACUCAAGCUUCAGAAAGUCACUGUGGUGCUGGUGGACUUGAAAAAAAUCUUGCAACCACAAGUGGGGGUUGAAAAUGUGGCCUCGGAGGGGGGGGCUCUGAAGGGUGUGGCAGGAACUGAUGAAGACAAAGUUGAGGAACCUGCUGUGGAAGUGGAGAUCUCGCCACCUGCGGAUGAAGAGGAGGCUCCAGUUGUAGAAACAAGAGUUUUGAGGAGAGGAAGAAAAAGUAUUCCAGCUACUCUGACUCCAAAGCGCAAGUCCAAAAGAAGAGGCAAACAGCAUGAGGAAGAGGAGAAUGUGGAGGAGCCAGAGAAAAAAGAGGCAGCUGAGGAAGACGAAGAAGAGGCUCCAGUAGUGGAAGCCAGAGUUCUGAGGAGAGGUAGGAAAUCUGCUUCUGCCUCUGCCACACCUCGAUGCAAAUCCACACAUGCCACUAAAGAACCUGAAGAGGAGGAGUUCGCUGAAUCUGUUCGGGAAUCUUUGGAUGAAAAAGAGGAAGUAAAACCAGUGGAGGAGGAAAGGGCAGAAGAGAAAGCCACACUAAUGGAUGAAGAGGACAUGGUGGAGGAAGCUGCAACAGUGGAGAGUGCGGGGGAAGAAAGGGUGGCAGCGGAAGCCAUAACUGAGGAAGACGGAAAGGUAGAGGAAGAGAAGGAAGCGGAGAGAAUGGAAGAAGAAAAUAUUGAGGGAGCUGCAGCGGAAACUAUUAGUGUGGAAGAAAGGAUGGAGGAGGAAGCAACAACCACAGUGGAAGAAAAGGAAGAGGAAGAAGAGAAGAAAGAGGAAACAGUUAUUGAACUGGCUGUAGAAAAACUAGCUGAGGAAGUUGCUGAGGUAGAAGAGGCAGAUAAAGUGGAGGAGAAAGAGGGAGCAAAGCCAGUUGAGGAAGAGAAGAAGACUUCACCACCUGAGGCGGAAGAGCAAGCUCCAGUAGAGGAGGAAGAGGAUGCUCCAGUUGUAGAAACAAGAGUUUUGAGGAGAGGAAGAAAAAGUAUUCCAGCUACUCCGACUCCAAAGCGCAAGUCCACUAGAAGAGACAAACAAGCAGAGGAGAAAAACCCAGCUGUGGAAGAAAAGGAACCAGUAGUGGAAACCAGAGCUUUGAGGAGAGGAGGCAGAUUUUCUGCUCCUGUCCCUGCCACACACGGACGCAAAUCCACAAGAGCCCGCAAACAACCUGAGGAGGAGAAGGAUGAGGAGGUGGAGGCAGAAUUUGUAAAUGAGCAAAAGGUGGAGGAGGUGGUUGCACCUGUUCAGGAAGCUGUGGAGGAAAAAUUGGAGGAAGAAAAAACAGUGGACAAAGCAGAAGCUGAAACUGCACCAGCGGAAGAGGAGAGUGUUGCUGAACAAAAGGUGGUGGAGGGACAAACGACUCAGGAAGAGAAGACUGCUACUGUGGAAGAAAAGGUAGAAGAAAAAUUACCUGAAAAGGUUGAAGAAGGGAAGGAAGCUGAAGCUGAAACUGCACCAAUAGAAGAGGAGCGUGUUGCAGAAGAAAAGGUGGUGGAAGAAGCAAAACCCACAGAGGAAGAAAAGGUGGAAAAAGCAACAACUGAGGAAGAGGAAAGAGUUGAGGAAGUUAAGAAAGAGGUGGAAGCAGAAGAGGAAGAAAUUGGGGAAAUGGAUGUAGAAAAACUAGCAGAUGUAGGUGAAGAGGCAGAACAAGUGGAGGAGGUAACAGCAGUGGAAAGUGUUGCAGAUGAAGUGGUAGGAAAGCCAGUUGAGGAACCUGCUGAGGAAGAAGAGAAGACCUCACCACCUGAGGAAGAAGAGAAGACCUCACCACCUGAGGAAGAAGAGAAGACCUCACCAACUGAGGAAGAAGAGAAGACCUCACUACCUGAAGAGGUGGCUCCAGUUGUAGAAACAAGAGUCCUGAGGAGAGGAAGAAAAAGUGUUCAAGUUUCUCCUCCAAAACUUAAGUCCACAAAAAGAGGCAAACAAGUCCAGGAAGAGGAAAACAUGGAGGAGCCAGAGGAUGAAGAAGCACCACUAGUGGAAACCAGAGUUACGAGAAAAGGAAAUAAAUCUGUCCCUGCUCCUGCCCCUGCCACACCUGGACGCAAAUCCAAACGAGCACGCAAAGAACCUGAAGAAGAGAAAGAGGAGAAUGAGGAGGGAAAGGUAGACGAUGCGGCUGCAACAGUGAAGAGUGUGGAGGAAGAAAAGGUGGAGGAGGCUGCGGUUGCAACAGUGGAGAGUGUGGAGGAAGAAAAGGUGGAGGAGGCUGCGGCUGCAACAGUGGAGAGUGUGGAGGAAGAAAAGGUGGAGGAGGCCACGGCUGAAACAGAGGAGAGUGUGAAGGAAGAAAAGGUGGAGGAGGCUGCGGCUGCAACAGUGGAGAGUGUGGAGGAGGAAAAGGUGGAGGAAGUGAAUGAAUUGGAGGCAGAAGAAAAGGAUGAAGAGGAAACAAAAGCUGUGGAAGAAGCAAGAACUGAGGAAGAAGAAAAGGUGGAAGAAGCAACAACUGAGGAAGAAGAAAAGGUGGAAGAAGCAACAACUGAGGAAGAAGAAAAGGUGGAAGAAGCAACAACUGCGGGGGCUGUGGUAGAGGAGGCUGAAAAAGUGGAGGUGGCGGUAACAGUGAUGGAAAGUGUUGCAGUAGAAGAGCCAGUUGAGGAAGCGAAGACCUCUCAACCUGAGGAAGAAGCAGAGACCCCUGUUGUAGAAAUAAGGGUCCUGAGGCGAGGGGAAAAAAUAACUCCUGUUAAUCCUCCAAAACGUAGGUUCACACCAAGAGGCAAGCAAGCCGAGGAAAAGGAGAAGGAGGAAGAAAAAGUAGAGGAGGUGGUUGAACAUGUGGCGGAAGUUGCGGAGGAAAAGGAGGUGGCAGCUGAGGAAGAUGAGGCACCAUUAGUGGAAGUCAAAGUUCUGAGGAGAGGAAGGAGAUCUGCCCCUGCCACACCAAGACGCAAAUCCAAACGAGCCCGCAAAGAACCUGAAGAAGAGGAAAAUGAGGAGGAAAAUGUAGAGGAGGAAAAUGCAGUGGAGGAGAAAAUGGUGGUUGAGGAGAAUAAGAUGGAGGAGGGAGAGGAAAAGGUUGAAGAGCCAGCAGAGAGUGCUGCUUCAGAGACGAAUGAGGAAGAAGCCAUCGCACAGCAGUCAGAGGAUGUGGCAGAGCAAACAGAGUGGAAGGAAGAAGUAAAGUUUACUGCUGAAACAGAAGAAGAAAAGGUAGCUGAUAAAGAAACAGCUAAAGCGGUAGAGAAGAAGGAAGGAGACACCACCAAUGUGGAAAAAAAUACUGACAAGGCAACAGUAACUUCUGCUUCUCAAGAUGAAGUAGCUGGUAAUGCUUCAGAGGAAGAGAAGGGAGAAACUCCAGCGGUUGAAGCGGAAGAGGCAGAGAAAACAGAAGAAACGACAGAGGAAGUAGAAGACAAAGUCCAGGACAAAGCUGUUGAGGAAGAGGGUGAGAAUGCCACAACAACAACAAGCCAAGAGGAAGUGGUAGCAGAGAGCCUUGAGGAAGUUGUGGAAGUUCCUCCAGUUGUGGAAACUAGAGCAACGAGGAGCAGGACAAAAACAGUUGCACCAGCCACACCCAAACGAAAGUCCUUACGAAGCAAGUCUUCUGUGGAUUAUAAGGAACAGGAUGCAGAGGAGGAGGAAACAGGAAAUGAACCCACAGUGGAAGAAGGGGAGGAAAAUGUAAUGGCAGAAGAGGCGAGCAUAGUAGAGGAGGAGGAAAAAGAGGAGGAAGGGGCCCCGGUGGCUGAAGUUGCUGUUGUCGAGGAGACGGAGAAUCAGCCUGUGGUAACGAGAGUUCUGAGAUUGAGGUUAACUGCCACGCCCAUGGCCACACCCACACCCCAGCGUACAUCCACAAAACGCACCAAAAUAGUUCCACCUGAGAAGGUCGAGCCUGAGGUGGGCAUGCUUUCAUCAGAUGAAGAGCAAGAAGAGAGCCCUGUGGAAAAGAGAAACCUCCGGAAGAGAAAAAGCAUGGAACCAACACCUGUUCGCAGAUCCAAGCGCCGCAGCAGAACUUAGACUGCGGAGAAAGUUUUUUUUUGUUCAGUUUAAAAAAAUGCAUCUAUUUAGUGAAUAUUUCCUAUUAGACCAGAUUGUUUUCUUCUAUCUUCUAUCUAUCUAUCUAUUCUAUCUAUCUAAAAAGAAAAAUAGAAAAAAACUAUAUAUCACUUAACAUUUUUAUGUAAUUUUUCUGAAAGUCGAUAUGUAGUAUAUUUGAUAUCUUUUCAUAUUGUAUAUAUAUUUUACAUUUAACUACAAGUCUGUGAACAGUUUUUUGACCUUAGUGGCUGGUAACACGAUGAGUUUCAGUCUGAUAGGCUUUGGUUUGGACAUGAUCGGCUAAAACAAAAUUUAUUCCUUCAAAAUACUGCAUCCAUGAUCUGCUAAAACAACAUUUAUUCCCCUCAAAAUACUGCAUCCAUGAUCUGCUAAGACAUUUAUUCCCUCAAAAUACUGCAUCCAUGAUUGGCAAUAACAACAUUUAUUCCCUCAAAAUACUGCAUCCAUGAUCUGCUAAGACAUUUAUUUCCUCAAAAUACUGCAUCCAUGAUCUGCUAAGACAUUUAUUCCCUCAAAAUACUGCAUCCAUGAUCGGCUAUAACAACAUUUAUUCGCUCAAAAUUAUCCUAACUUCAGAAUGCCAAAUGGUGUCUCCUCUAAUAAGAAUCAAGAAGCCUGUAAAUAAAUAAAUAUAUAUUUUUAAAUACAAAUGUAGUUAGAUUGGGACACACUAGCACUAAUCGUCACUAAGAAAAUAUUUUGGGCCACCAGGCUCCAUGCUCAAUCUGGAAUAUUUUAGUAAAUAUUGCUAUCUACAAUAGUGCAAAUACAUUAAAAAAAUGUCAAUCGAAAGAACAUUGCUCAGAGAUGCACAAAAACAAUAGAAAAGCUCCCCUUUGUUAUAAGAUUAUUCAUCUUUUUUUUAAGCAAGCUAUGUUUAUUUUCAAUUUUUCUACAAAUUUCAGUGACAUUUCUUGUGGAAAUUUGGAACGCUUACCCAUUAUACAAAUGUUUACAACAGAACUCAGGAUAUAAAAUCACAUUUUAUUCAACAUAAUUCUUCAUUUGAAAUGUCUAAUGUCAACACAUUGUGUUACAUUUUGUGUGUAUUGAAAUAAUUGGUACACUUUGAACAUAUUUAGUGUAAAAAAACAACUAAAUACACACUAAAAUAUUACCUCACUGAGCCGAUGAGGUAUACCAUUUCAGUUUGUAAUUUGAAAAGGAUGUUGUUCCUGUAUUAACGCAAUAUAAUUUUAUAUACCAAUACAUGUAUGUAUAUCUUCACAUCUUGUAUGUUAACAUUUAUCAUUAAGGUUUUGAUAUACAGUAAGUCAAAUUUUAAUUACAGUAAAAAUAUGGUCAUACAGAAGAGUUUGUAAAAUAAAGUUUAAAAUAAGGUUUAUAAUAAAAUCUAUAAACUGAGCUAUGACGUUAAACUGUGAGGGUUUCUUUCUCGUGAGAGAUGUGAAAAUAGAUAGAAACUAUGAGUUUUCGUUUGUGUGUUAUCAUAAUAAUAUGAUAUAUCUUGUUUCAGACUUUCAAUGCUUUUGUUAUGUGUUUCAGUGCCCCCACAAAGGCACAAGCCAGCUAUAGCCAGCAGUAGCCUGUCUUGCUCAAACAUUUUCAUUUAGCAAUGUUGUAUUUUAUGACAAACCUCUCCUUGCAUUAUGUGGAAUGAACUUAGGUAACUUUUCUCCUCUGACAAUGUGAUUUGUUAUGAUCUUUGGUAGAAAAUAAAGAUUUUCACUGUUUUACCUA